CGCAUGCAAUCUUGUUGCAGAGGGUAGGAAUAUCCCUACUCUGACUUCUAGAAACGGAAACGCUAAACCUUAUAGAUUAUCAGAACAUUUAAAAGGGGACACAGUCACAUUGGAUAUUAACCUAUGGAUUAACUACAGCAUCGUUUUUGUCGUUGUAAUGCCAUUGAAGACCAGUGUUGACCAAGGUAACCCACCUAAGCCAUGUUAGCGGUUGUGGCUACCUAGCGCCACAUGUUUUGAUGUAGGUUUUUGUUGAUAACGUCGCGAGUUUGUAUCUUUCAGUGUUGAGAACAGUUUGUGUCCAGGGUGGGAGGGGUUGCCCACUAUCUUCCCUGCCCGCCUCAGGGUCCUGGAGGCAGGCUGGAGGCGUGCAGGCUGUGGUGAAAUUGCAUUCUUCGUGAAGUCCACAACCAUCUCCAUUGUCUUGAGAGCAUUGAGCUCCAGGUGGUUGUUCCUGCACCAGGUCACCAUAUGGUCCAUCUCCCACCUAGGCAGACUCGUCCCCACCAGAGAUGAGUCUGCUUAUAGUAUAUUAUAUAUUAUUAUUAUUAUUAUUAUUAUUAUUAUUUAGUAUUAAUGUCAAUGUUGCACUUGGUAAAGUGGUAGAUUAUUUAAAUUAUUGAUAUACUUCCUAGUAGUUUAACCUAUAGUAAUACAUAAUGAUUAAUACGUUGAUUUAUAUUCUGUACUAUUAAUCCAUACCUAGUAGCUCGUUACUAAAACAUUUCCUCCAAAAUGUAGUAAAGUAAAAGUACUUGAGUAAAUGUACUGAGUUACACUCUCCACUGUGUCUACUUAGUUGUAUAAUGUUGACAUACUACCUAAUAUUAUACAUAAUAAUGCAGCCCUCUCGACAACAUCUUUUAUUUUGGAAAUUGGAGCAGGAAGUUGUGUCCCCAUGCGCUCGCCUCGUUCGUUGGUGCUGAUGUGAUGCAGUUACGUUUGACAUUUCAUAGCUGCUAGUCGACUAAAUACCUUCAUAAGAUGUAAACAAACCGUUUUGUUUAUUAUUUUUAAACGUUUCGUCUUUAAUUAUUACUAGGACAGGUCUAAAGGAGAAUUGUAACAUUUGCGUCAAGCUUAUAUUUUUGUGUUAUUGGCCAGUGGAGGCUAUUACAGUCACAGGCUAAUGACACUUGGCUAACGUGCUAGCAGUGAGCGUGCCCCCUGUCAAGCAUCUUUUCGGAACUGAGAUAAUAUACGUCCAGCGGCUUGAGGCAUGUCGUUUGUAUCCUGAAAUAAGUUACAGGUAGACAAUGGUUGGUGACGUAUGUAAGCAGAGCUAAAUUAGUACCGUAAACUGUUAAACGACUAGCUGAGCGUGCAGAGAUGAACGCGCAGCUCGGGAGGAGUGGGCUCGUGGGGCUUGCUGUCGCAGCUACAGCAGGCUGUGGCUUGGUCGCCUACAUCAUCUACAAGGAGAUCAGCAGGAUAAGAGCCCAGAGACUGGUGCUGGAAGCCAGGCCGCUGUUAGACGGGGCGGGGGAAGCUGUGCUGCUGGGGACUCUGGAGGCUCAAGAGGCGGAGGCCCAGCAGCAGGCUCUGGCGGCGGUGCAGGCUGCGGUGCAGGGCCUGUCAGCAGAGCAGCAGCUGGAGGUGAGGAACCAGCUGGAUGAGGUGCUGAGCUGUGUGUCCUCACUGCGCUCAGAGGUGGCCGAGCUGAGGGGGGGGCUGCAGGACAUUGCCAUGCAGAUCAUCCAGGAUGUCAAGAAGGGAGUGGAGGAAAGUCAGCGGGUGCGUCGGCGGCGCCACGUGGUCCACAGGGAGCGCACCGAGUCCACCGGCUCCAGCUCCAUCUAUUUCACUGCCAGCCAGGGUAUGGCCAGCGCAUAUGAGACCAGCGAAGGAGGGUACUCGACGGCCUACGCUGAGUCGGACUACACAGACAGAGACACAGACAGGGAGGGGCGGCGGGAGCCGGAGCAGGAGUCUGAGGAAGACGAGGACCAGAGCUGCGCCACCGUCCUCACCCUCCGCCAGGAACACUCCCAGGAGGAGGAGGCAGAGGAGCGAGGGCUGGAGGAGGAGGACGAGGAGGAGGAGGAGGACGAGAAGGGGGGGCUGACGCUGCUGACUGAAGUCCCCAGUGGGGAGCUGGCUCUCCUCCUGGCUCAGAGUGACGUCCUGCACACGGGGGACGCCCGUCUGAAGGCCGAGGGCUUCAGACUGCUGCUGGACAACAGAGCAGAGUACGGAGAUAGCAGGGAGUUUCUAUGGCGACUGGCUCGGGCCUACAGUGAUAUGUACGAGUCAACUGAGGACAAACAAGAGAAGAAGACCUACGCACACCAAGGUCGAGAGGAGGCGGAGUCAGCCCUGAAGAAGAACGGCCUGAAUGCUGAGUGCCACAAACGGUUUGCGGUGCUGACAGGACUCCCCUCACAGCAUGAGAGCAUGCACAGCAAACUGAAGAGCAGCCACAUAUUAAAGGAGCAUCUGGACCGCGCCCUCGCGCUCCGAGAUGAUGACCCCAUGUGUUUCUACCUGCUGGGCAGAUGGUGCUAUGAGGUAGCCACUCUGGACUGGCUGGAGAAAAAAGCGGCCGCUGCCCUCUACCAGACCCCCCCCACCUCCACACUGCGUGACGCGCUUGAGAACUUCCUGAAGGCAGAGGAGCUCAGUCCGGGUUUCUCCAAGACCGUCAGACUCUACAUCGCAAAGUGUCACAAGGAGCUGGGGAACAUCUCUGAGGCCACGAACUGGACCCAGCUGGCUCUGAAGAUGACGACAAACUCUAAUGAUGAUGAAACGUCUAAACUGGAGGCUGAGCUUCAACUCUUAACGGACACUAAAAUCUGAAAAACAACAUUUCUAAAGAGAUCCAACGGGCGGAGCCACCCAGCUGAUGGCACUGAUUGGCUAGUCAGGCCGCCAAUCAGUGGUCAUCCAAUCAGAUGUGCCGCACUAAUGGCAGAAGUUUCUUUCUCUUCUUUGGUGGAUAAUGAUAUCUUUGUCACUGUGAAAUUAAAUGGAGUUUAUUAAUGCAUAUUUAUUUUCUUUAAUAUGGCUUAAUUUAAUCAAAAUCACUAUACAUAAUAUAUAUAUCUUUAAUGUUUUUUUAACCAUUUGUUUGCCUUUAACUGAUAAUCAGUGAUUUAAACACAGGUUUUGUUUUUUAGCAUCAUAUUCAUAAUGGAUCAGUACUCCACAUUACAAGAAACAUGUUAUUGGUAGAGCAUCUCAGAGAGAUCAAAUUGAAAUAUAGAAAAUCUAAAUACCUCCAGAGGGAAAUGCCCCAAACCCCAGUGGAACACAUGUGGGGACGUGCCCCCCUCCUCCCCCAGUGGAACACACGUGCCCCCCUCACUGACUGAUAUGCUUGGUGCAGCUGCUGGAGCACUUUGAUCAGGCUGUUUUAGAGCUUUAAGGGGAAGGGUCUUUGGUAACCAAAAUAAUGAAUACACCCAAUUAUUUAGCAUAUUCAUAGAUUAAGAUAUUUAAAGAGAAUAGUGUACACUUUUUUUCCUACCAUUGUUCUGCUAGGUUGACAGAUGUUUGUUUUGUGGAGAUGACUGACACUUAAUGACUGGUUGCUAUGGUAACACGUAGUGUUUGGAUAGAGCAUGUCUUAAACUUUUGUUUUUCAUUUAGUAAAUAGAAAGGUAGUAUAAGAAACUGUAUUGGAGUUCUGUUUGGUUGUGAAUGAAAAGUAUUCCAAUAUUUUUGUACCUUCAAUUUUCCUUUGAGUUGAUAUGCUGCCUUGAUCUCUGCGUGUUGUUCCUUUCUGAAGUAUGUUGGCAGGUUUAUUCAUUUCUGAUGUAACAUCAUUUUAAUGGCACUUUGUUUUCAAUUCAUUUAUUUUUGUUGAGGUUAAUUUUGCAAUUGCUGCUGUAAAAAAAAAAUGGUAGUUAUAUUUCCUUAAUAUUCUGAUCCUGUAUCGAAAGUGAAUAUGCACUAAAGCAACAGAUACAACUGAAUAAAAUGUUUUGGUAUUCAUAUCUUC